AACACUAUGAAUGGCGCAAAACAAACGACUUCUCCUUCCUCUGAGUACCCUAAAAACGAUAAAACCCUAGAAUCUCCCAAGAACCCUAGAAAUUGGUCGGCGCCAGUAUCAGCCGGCCACGUAUGCGGCCAGAUGUCACGCUGUUUAUAGGCCGUGUCAUCGCAGCACAUUUCUCUGCUUUUAUUUGCGGUGCGUUGUGAGGCUUUGGGGUUUUUCCGCGACUAAAAUUGAUCGAUAGGGAAUCAUGGGCGCGAUCUGGGCUGUGAUCACCAGGCUUCACGCCUUCGCUGGGCCGGUCAUCUCCGUUCUCUACCCGAUGCUCGCGUCUGUCAAGGCGAUCGAGAGUCCACUCAAGGAAGACGACGAGCAGUGGCUAACAUACUGGAUCUUGUAUUCUUUGAUGACGCUGCUUGAGAUUGCCGCUGCUCCAGCGCUGGCCUGGUUUCCUUUGUGGUACCCUGUGAAGCUCGCGCUUCUCUGCUGGCUUGUUCUUCCACAGUUUAAAGGCGCGAGCUUUGUCUACAACCAGCUCGUCCGCAAGUACGUGGUUAACAACAGUGGUGCGAUCAAGGAGAAGGUCGGCGAUGUCUUGGAUCCCCAGACGAGGUCAUCGGUGGAGAGAUUUAUUCACGAGAAUGGAUUGGAUGCGCUGGACAAGCUACUUUCCGAGGCUGCGCAGAAGAACGAGAAGAAACCACUUCCAUCUCCGAAGCAAGAAUCCCAAGAGAGAUAUUGAGAAGGAAAAGUCUAGCUUUGGCUGUGGGUGUACAUUGUCUUAACGUAUUCUUCAGGUUUCCUUAGAGUCCUUGCUUGUUGCUUAUAAAAGUUUUGUAUCUCCCAUUGGAUCAAAGCCAGAUUUUACAUAA